GGUGGCCACUCGCUGAACGUCGCUGAACUCGUCCUUACGGGAACAUAUAUCAUCAUCAUGUUCACGUGGACUCUGAUCAAUUCGGGUGAUAUAGACGGCACGAAGCUCGACCCCCAGUAUUGGGGUAAUCGCGCUGGAAUCCUCGCGACGCUUCAGACUCCCCUUAUCGUUGCGUUAGCCAUGAAAAAUAAUAUUAUCUCUUUGAUCACAGGCGUUGGCUUCGAUAAGCUCAAUUAUCUUCACCGAAUGACGGCUCGUGUUGUCUGUAUUAUUCUGUUUAUUCAUAUGGGUGGCAGGGUCCAGAUAGGGCUUUCCGGAAAUAACACUAUCACUCUAGAACAUAAAUGGAUGAUUUGUGGGAUCUUCGGCUUGUCCGCGUUUGCGUUGCUCUGCAUUGUCUCUGUCAGACCAGCACGCCAACUGAACUACGAGGUCUUCAUCGUCCUCCAUUUUGUGCUGAUAUUAGUCUUCCUCCUUGGCAGCUACUUUCAUACGGCGGCGAAAGGAUAUGACCAGUUCAUGUGGCCGUCGUUCCUCCUCUGGGGUCUCGACAGACUUAUCCGCGCUAUUCGCGUUGUCGUAUUCAACCAUUCAUACUUCGGCUUCAAGUCCGGCCUCGGUACCUUCAACGCCAAAGCCGAAGUCGCCGCUCCCGGCUUCGUUCGUCUCACCCUCCGGAGGCCGAAUCAUUUCGGCUGGUCCGCAGGCCAGAGCGCCUUCAUCACCAUGCCGGGUGCCUCCCUUCUGCCGUUCGAGUCCCACCCCUUCACCAUUUCUAAUGCCGAUGUCAACUAUGCGAAGUCCACGCCAACGUCGUCUGUCGACGAGAAGGGCGACAUGGUCGAGGCUGCUGAGGGGCAUGGAAAGGAUGUCGUGUUCUUGAUCAAUGCGAGGCAAGGGUUCACGAAGAGGCUUCUGGAUCUGGCGGAAAAGGGCGGCUCACUGAAGGUAUUCUUGGAUGGUCCAUACGGUGUGCCACCGCGCGUCGAUGGACACGAUACCGUUGUUUUCAUUGCUGGUGGCUCUGGAGUGACAUUCACGAACCCUCUCUUCGUCGAUCUUGUCCACCGUGUGCGCAAAAACCCAUCCGCCUGCUCUCGCGUCGUAUUCAUCUGGGCAAUUCGUCACCCAGACCACAUGAAUCUCAUAUACUCCGACCUCCAGCAAGCCCUCCUCGAGAUCCCGACCUCCCUACACGUUGAAGUCCGCGUUUUUGUCACGUCUCCCCAUGUCGAUUCCUCUUCCCUGUCUCGAAACACUCAGCCUCGCGAUAGCGAAACGUCAUCCACUGCCAGUGUCACACACGAAGGUGAUGAAAAGGCGGUGUGGAAACUGCAGCAUAUGCCGCAUACGACCGUCACGAGUGGCAGACCGGAUGUCGAGGCGUUGUUGACGGAGGCAGCGUCGCUGACGAUGGGUGGGAGUAUGUCGGUAAAUGUGUGCGGCCCCUCGGGUCUUACGGACCGCGUACGCCGUCAUCUUCGUUCCUCCGAGGCAGGGCCCAUGGCCGUUCUGCGCGGCGGCCCUAGCAUAAACCUCUUCGUUGAAGCGUUCGGCAUGGCUUAAAAUAACACAAGACACCCCCGCUCUUGAUGCUCGCAACGCCCAGUCAACGACACCGUGACGGGCACGACGCAUGUUCACGCAUACGAUAACGAUAUGCAUGGUUUAUUCUUCUUUUCAACUCCGGCCGUGUUUCUUUUUCUUUCAGCUUAGGACGAACGUCCUCCAUUUCGG